CAGAGGCUGCUAGAUUAUUUGGGAUGGCAUUUAUGCCAACUACAUUAUAUUGACUUUCACAUUAAGUAAAUACUAGCCCAAGGCUAAAGGCAGUCUUUUUUUUUAAGAAAUAUAUUUGGGAUAUCACUAACUACAAGAUCCAGUGACACCUCGAUUCUAAAGUCGCAUUGUUGUCAGUGCCAGCGACUUGGACAUUGGGCAAAGCCAUUGCUGGAGAGAAGAUUUCAACUGCUUUCCUUGCUUAAAAUAAUUAAGCUCACUAUGCUGUAGGCAGUGAAAUCUUUUUUUUUUUUUACAAUGGAGCUGAAAAUACAGACAUUGUCAUUUAAACAUUGUCUUUUUUUCUUCACUUUUCAGGUAGUAGUAGCAUUUUUCUUCUUCUCUGCUACAUUCCAAGGCAAAGUCAAACCUGAUGAUAUUUUUGUGACUGAUGUUCCUUCUAAGCCAGAGGAGCCAGUGAAAAUUAUUUUGCUGUGGACUUGGCCCUUUGGUACUGCAUUUCCCCUGAAUCAGUGCCCGAGUCAGUUCGAUGGAACUGGUUGUUUCUUUACAGUCAAUCGCAGCUUGUAUUCAGAAGCAGCAGCUGUUGUUCUACACAGCAGAGAUGUAUGUUCAUCUAAGAACCAGUUACCGCAGAUGCAAAGACCCCCAAAUCAAUAUUGGAUUUGGUUUACCAUGGAGUCCCCAAGCCACAAUCCCAACACAGGUUUCAUGGAGAAACUUAUAAAUCUGACCAUGACUUACCGUGCUGACUCAGACAUCUUUACCCCUUAUGGCUGGUUAGAAAGGCAUGAUGGGACAGAAAAUGUUUCCAUCCCCGAGAAGACAAAACUAGUAGCCUGGGUAGUCAGUAACUGGAACCCAAAUUCUAGAAGAGUAAAAUAUUAUGGGGAGUUAAAGAAUCACCUAGCUGUUGAUGUCUUUGGCAACCAGCGUUUACCACUUCCUAGAGAGAAACAUAUUGAAACUCUUUCCAAAUACAAAUUUUAUCUAGCUUUUGAAAAUUCGAUUCAUGAAGACUACAUAACUGAGAAGCUCUGGCAUAAUGCACUUGCAUCGUGGGCUGUGCCUGUUGUGUUGGGGCCCACCCGUGCUAACUAUGAGCGGUUUUUACCCCCUGACGCAUUCAUACAUGUAGAUGACUUUCCAACUGCCAAGGGACUUGCUGAUUAUCUACACGCACUUGACAAAGAUGAUAAUAGACACAAACAAUAUUUUUACUGGAGGAGAAGUCUAAAACCAGUGGCGCCUGCCAGAUUGAACAGCCAUUACUGCAAAGUAUGCAAAGCUAUAAAAGAAGCGCCGUCUUAUAGGACAGUUCCAAGCAUUACGAACUGGUUCAAAUAAAAUGAUAUAUAUGAAUCAAAUGAGCAUUAACUAUGUAACUGGACACUUAAAAAUAUGUAAAUACCUAUCAAUGUAAUCUAUAUUAAUAAAUGAAAUUUUAUAUGCCAAAA